AUGGAGAAGCUGCUGGAGGCGCUGAAGACGCAAGAGAAGUUGGUUGAAAAGGAGAAGGAGUAUCGCCAGGCUGAGGCAACUGCCAACAGGCAGAAGAUGACCAUCAUCGAAGAGCAGAACGGCCAGUUGGUGGAAGAGAACCGUCAGCAGGGUGAGGAGCUUCGUGCCAUUCGGAUGCAGCUGGCGGAGCAGCAGGCGACCAUCCAACAGCUGUUAUCCCGUGCGCCCGCGCCCGCGGCACCGGUGGGAGCCGUGACAGACGGAGGCGCGGCGUCGGACGCGGGGACCGAGCUGGGCAGCUGGUUGGACCUCGGCAGCGCCGAAGGCAGCGCGGCGGAGGCGGCGGCGGAGGUGGCAGAGGACGAGGACGAGGAGGCAGAGGGCAGUGAAGAGUGA